UGCUGUUCUACCUCAGGCAGUUCCAUUCUAGAAUGUCUCAGUUUUUUGUCCACACGCUCGGGCGUGCGUUUUCGGUGGCAUGGGGCCACUUCUAGACCGUGAUAUUAUAGUCUCCUCACAUUGUUGUCCUGGGCUUGAAGAAGCUCAGUGGAGGCCUCUUUGGGUGUCGGGCAGCUCUCGAAGAUCGUGAGCUGACGCAAACAAGCCCUGUCCAAAACCAGCAACCAAAAGACAUCAAAAAGACAGCUGCAUAUACUGUGUAUAUAUAUAUAUGAAGUCGUGGGAGCUCUACAGUUCUAAAGAUGAAGUCCUGGGAAGCCUUGCAGGCGAUGUUGAGUCAACGGAAGUGCCAACCAAUCCGCAGCCACGGAACGUCUGCCGACGCCUAAGAAAACCGUCACCGAAGAGCGCCAUGACUCGGCUUGGCCGGCUCCGUGCCACCUCCGCGCCCGAGGGCACUGCGCGGGAAGUGAACCGAAAGAAGCAGCAAGACUAUUUGAAGAACUUCCUGCGCGCCAACGACUUCCCAACGGUACACAGCUCACGCGCGGCUGCUUUUCAAGGGGUUGAAGAGAUGGUCUACCCCAUCCAUGGCGCAGCGAUUUUAGGCUGCCCUCGGCUUCUGCGACUCAUCUUGCUGGCUGGCGGCGACCCGCUGCAGGCCACAGAGCCCAGUGGACGCCGGCCCAUCGACUUGGCGCGCGAGGUGAACCGAGAAGGGUCACAUGAUGAGGUCCUGGAGCUGCUGUCCAGUGAGGUGAAGGUAUUGCACCUGCGAGACGCCAUGGCCUUGAUGCGACAGACCACCCCUGAGACGCCGAAAAGCACACGGCGUUGCAGAUCCACCCGCGUGAGUUUAUAGCUCUUCUUGGUGCUCGGUAGCGCGUGGCUCCGCUGGCUUCGAAGGAACUAGCAGAGCCAGGAUGGUCCUCAAUGUAGAAGGUUCGGAUGGGCAACUAGCUAAGAAAAAAGACGUG